AGGUGUGGCCAAAAGACCGCACUAAAGCAAGGCUAACUCUUUUGGUCUAGCUCGUGACACGCUUGAUUCAAACUAGCCUGUCCUGGCUAUGUUUGUCAAUGAGGCUUAGCGUACUUUGACAAAAACUUAUACCUAUCUUCUGGAGGUCCUUUGGGCAUCGACUCAACAGCUAUGGCAACUGCUGUACGGUGCAGCAUACGACUUGCAGCCAAGGGUUGUAGUUGUAACUCGACUGCCAACCAGUUUGUGACGAAAACAAUUGGACUCGAAAGGUCUUUCUCAACGACGGCGAGUCGAUCCAAGAGGACUCGGUCCAAACGUGUUGCUGCGAAGUUGGAGAAGUCGAACCAUCCACUUGCCAAAGAAGUCAUCGCACUUGAGAAAGAGCUUGAUGGUCUUACGAAGGAUCCGUCCGACAAUGCUUGGGAUCCUAUCAGUCAAAGGGCCCGAACCAGAUUUCCCAUAGCAUCGCUACCACCAAGGGCAGGGAAACUGAAGCAAACCUUCAUGAAUGUAGGAGAUCCCGACCCUUGGGAAUACGAAGAUACGCUGGAAGAUGACGAUGACGAUAUCAACGCCCUGGCGCAUGGCGAGUUGGAACAGCAUCGAGAGAUCAGACACUAUGCAAGAUUGGCCGCUUGGGAAUUGCCAUUAUUAUCCAAACUUGCGAAACCUUUCCAACCGCCCACAGCAAACAUGCCCCUGAGAUUCAGAUAUAGCAGUUAUAUGGGCGAACAGCAUCCUGCCGAAAAGAAAGUCGUGCUCGAGUUCUCUCCUGCAGACAUGCCGAACCUGACCGGGCUCCAGAGGGAGAAGCUUAAGAAAUUGGCGGGUGUCAGGUACAAUCCAGAGACGGACAUCGUGAAGAUGAAUUGUGAGAUGUUCGAAACACAAGCCCAAAACAAGCGGUACCUGGGCGAUGUGGUUGAUUCUCUUCUGGCAGAAGCAAGGGACCCUAAAGACACAUUUGAAGACGUGCCACUGGAUACUCGGCACCAUCAUUUCAAACCGAAACCAAAAUUUCCUGAAGAAUGGCUGUUAACAGCUGAGCGCAGAGAGGAACUGCAACAAUACAGACGCCGAGCUGCCAUGAAAGACCAGCAGAAAGAGCUUGUUGGUCAAAUCGUAGAUGGAAGGUUGCAAAUCGAAGAAGGACUAAGUAAAGCGGCUGCCGCGAGGCAGGUUAUGCCUGAAUUACUCAUGGUUGGUGAUUUGAAGCCCAAGGGUAAGAGAGUGGCUGUCCGAAGGUAGUGAGCAGAUGAUCAUUUUGUAAGAUACCGUGUAAUCUAUCAUGUGUACAAGUACCAAUAGACACGAACAUAGACAAGCAUCUGGCUUCCACCAUUGGCUUAGAGCUUGCAUUUUGAUCAAGUAUUUAGACCAGACAUAAUUUCAUGCUCCUACGACUUUGAAUUGUCUUUCUCACGGUCAUACCAUCGAGGAAUGUUCACUGUGCUCUCAUCCAAUCGACCAAUGUCUGAAGGCCUCGGUCAUCAAUGAGCUGGGGUUAAUAUAUAUGACGU